AUGUCUCACCCCACCCAGGUGUUUGAAACUGUGGAUUAUCUUACCUUCCACUUGCCUUGGGGCCUUGCAACUUUCACAGAAGGGCACAGUAGUACACUGCCAAAUGUUCAAAAUGCUGAUGGCAUCUGGCAUGAAUCUCUACUUGACAGGUUUUUGAUGGAGGUUGCCUCGGCAUGGAUGGCAGGUUUACAACUCUUCUCAGGGAGACCUGUACCACCGAUUUUCCUCAGGCAACAAAAUAGUUGCUUGGAAGUCCAGUCCCAAGACUGCAAAAAGACCAAGACCAAACUGGACCAAGACUUCCCAGGACCAAAAAUUCUGAGGACCGCCAAAGACCGCAACUGCAGUCCGGUCCACAGUCCAUUGGCAGUACGAAAAAUGGAAGACCAAGCAAAAAACGGUCUUAAUCAGUCUCAACUGGUCUUUACACCCUCAAAUGCAAGCAAGCCCAAGGCCUCCUUCCCCACUUUCUCAUACUCCCUCAAUGCGAAGGGCUUCAAAUGUGUUUGGCAACGACAUAACGAGCAACAAUUGCCACGUAACCUGCCACUCCCCCCAUUGAGGGAUGUUGGCUGUCUUUUGAACAACGCAGCCCUAUCAACUAGUGUCCGUGCCAUCACCCAAUCCCAACAACUACAACACACCGCACCACGUCGAACCAACGUCAACCAUGACAACUGGUGUGACCUCGUUAAGUACGAUCCUACAGCCCAGCGUGCUUAUGGUCACACCAAGGGGGGUGUAGAAUACUUCAAUGUAAUUUUUCAUAUUACAAUCCCCCCUCACUACCCUGAAGACUGGUCUAGGACUGGUUAG